ACGUGUGAACUAACAGGAUGUGUCUUUUUGUGUCUCAGUGUACAUGAGGUGCACAGGAGGAGAAGUUGGUGCCACCUCCGCUCUGGCCCCCAAAAUUGGCCCUCUGGGUCUGUCUCCCAAGAAAGUUGGUGAUGACAUCGCCAAGGCCACCGGGGACUGGAAGGGUCUGAGGAUCACCGUGAAGCUGACCAUCCAGAACAGACAGGCGGCGAUCGAGGUCGUUCCCUCAGCGUCCGCUCUGAUCAUCAAAGCUCUGAAGGAGCCUCCUCGUGACCGCAAGAAGGUCAAGAACAUCAAGCACAGCGGCAGUGUGACCCUUGACGAGAUCAUCGGCGUUGCUCGCGUCAUGAGGCCUCGCUCCAUCGCCAGGGAACUCUCCGGAACCAUCAAAGAGAUCCUGGGGACCGCUCAGUCUGUCGGCUGCACCAUCGAUGGUCGCCCUCCUCAUGAUGUCAUCGAUGACAUCAACAGCGGCAAAGUGGAGUGUCCCACUGAGUAACUGGACCAGACUUUGAAUAAAAAGUUGAGAAAAAGA